UAACUGUUUACAAUCAGUGAGAGCAAACAUGGCUCCUGUCAAGAGUCCACAGAGCUUAGCCAACAGAUAGUCUGGGUGCAGUUGUUUUAUCCUCGUAUUUUAUUUUUGCUUUGCGACAGGGGAUCCAUAAGACAUCCUCAAUACAUUUAGGGAUUUUACUUUUUGCUUUAUUUGACUCUUUCUGUUCUUUAUCCCGGAUACGAAACUGAGCUGUCGUCGUCCACCAGCUAAGUCGCUAGCAGGCUCAGACAAGCACCCAGCUGGCAGGCUAAAAGUUCGGUAGCUUGUGGAUCUUGCAGCCAAUAUGACUGCAAGUACGGCCGCGGGCAGCUGCCUCACAGCAAAGGGGUUAGACAUCAGUCUCGCCGCUCUACAGAGACAAGACCCCUAUAUCAACAACAUCGUGGAUGUGGCGAGUCAGGUGGCGCUCUACACUUUUAGCAGUAAAGCAAAUGAAUGGGAGAAGACUGACGUGGAAGGGACUUUGUUUGUGUACACAAGGUUGGCCUCCCCCCGACAUGGCUUCACCAUCAUGAACCGGCUCAGCAUGGAGAACCUGACUGAGCCAAUCACCAAGGACCUGGACUUCCAGCUGCAGGACCCCUUCCUGCUCUACAGGAACGCCCGCCUGGCCAUCCAUGGGAUCUGGUUCUAUGACAAGACUGACUGCCAGCGUAUUGCCGAGCUCAUGAAGAAUCUGACGCGUCAGGAGCAGCAGGUCCACUCUCAGCAGCAGCUGGGUGGCUGGGUGUCUCCCCGUGCCCUCCCAGACACCACCACAGACCCCAGAGGAGUUGACAUCCUGCAGAUGCUCACCAAGGCACGCAGCGAGUACGACAAGGGCAAGGUGAGCUCGGAGCCCAAGGAGAUUAGCGGAGGAGGGGAGGUGAUCCACGACAACCCCCACCUCAUCAAGCCCAUCCCCCUCAAACCCACCGACCGCAACAGGCUACUCCAACACCAGGAUGGUGACUCCAAGCCAAUGUCCCUCAUCUCUCUGUUUGGCUCCCAGCAGCAGCAGCAGCAUGCUGGCCUAGUGCCCUCUCAGGUGACCUCCAGAGCAGCAGUUGGCGGUGUCGUUGGGGUGCCCCUAGGGGUCGGAGGCCGUCCAGCAGUGGCCCGCUCGCUCUCCUACGACGACCCCUCAGCCCAAACGGUGGCGGUCAGCCCCGGGGGAGGUCCCCUGCUGGCCCCCGUCGGCAUGGCCUCCUCGCCCUCCUCCUCCGUACCUCCGCAGCACUGCGCCGCCAUCCAGAAGCUGAUGAGCGCCCAGGGCCACGGCCACCACAGGGGGGUGCCAGACAUCCAGCCGCUCGCACAGUCGCCCGACAAGCACGUGUGUGAGAACGGCCUGAAGCGCGGAGGAGGAGGAGGAGGAGGAGAGGGGGGAGACCCGCUGCAGAAACUCUUCCCCAACGCCCACACUGCUCUUCAUCCUGCCCCACCACCACCAUCAUCAUCCUCCUCCUCUGUGUCAGCCCCGUGUUGCCCCCAGCAGAUGUCCCAUCCCCCGCCCUUAAUGCCGGGCCUCAUCCCUGUGCGCCCUCCUGAGGCCAUGGGAGGGGCUCAUCAUCACCACCAUCACCACCAUCAUCAGCACCAGCAUCCUCACAUCCAUCAACAUCAGCAUCUACACCACCAACAGCAGCAGCAGCAGCAGCAGCACCUACACCAGCAGCAGUAUCAGCACCAGCAGUCUCAUCUCCCCCAGCCACAGCAGCACCACCAGCAGCAGCAGCAACCGCAGCAGCAGCAGCAGCAGCAGGGUCCCCCACCAGCUCCCCCUGUCUUCUACAGCCCCAAGAGACCCCUGCUGCCCACCCCCAUCAUCCACCCCCUUCAGGUCGGCCCGGGAGUCCUGCAGCCCAGCAGCACGGUGGGUGGAAGUGAUGGGAUGGCGCCCCCUGCACAGCUGAGCGCAGGGCUGCUGGCAGUGCACAUGGCACCAGCUGGCAUGCCUGCUGCUCAUCAGGUCAACGCCGGUGGAAUGUUCUCCGGAGCGCAGGUCAACGCAGGUGUGCUAGCGGGUGCGGCUAGUGGCUUGGUCCAGACCGCCCAGUUGGGCCAAGUCAAUGUGGUGGGCUCAACAGGAGGCAUGUUACCUGCCGAACAGGUGAAUGCAGGUGUGUUGCGGCUCGGGCAGGGGGCGGUCCACGGCUCAGGUGUGGUGUCGCCCCAUGAGCUGCUGCAGAGGCUGCAGCUGGUCCAGCAGGAGCAGACCCAGAAUCAGAACCCGGGGGUGGUGGCCUGCGAGCCCAGCCGACCCCCCUUGGCGCCCUGCUUCCGGCUCGCCCGGCCCGUGGACAACAACACCAGCGGCGGCGGUGGCGGCAACACCGCACAGGUCUGCCCCACCUCCAACCAGCACUUCCAGUCUGAGAGUGUGUUUCCCCCGGUGCUGUGUGAUGUCCCCCUGCAGGUCACCACCACCUCCUCCUCCUCCUCCACUGCUGUCUCCGCCAGCGAGGGCUCCACCCUCCUCAUGUCCCCCAGCGUCUUCUCCCUGACCAAGCCCCCGCCCCCCCGCAACACCACCGAGCCCAGCCUGGCCCACACACACGCCCACGGCCACAUACUCGGCCUCGGCCAGCCGCCCCUCCUUCCCCCGCCACCCCCACCAGAGGAGACCAGGGCCCUCAGCAGGAGCCAGCUGCAGGCCACGCUCAUCCACUUAAUACAGACGGACUCGUCCUUCCUGGAUGUGAUCUACGAGGCGUACGUGUCCAGACUGGCCAAAGACCCCGGAACCCCCCACUACUAAUGCACACCAUCACGCCCCACCACACAUAACUGAGCGCGCACACACACCUUCGCACCUACAAGGGAGCCCAAGUCACACACACACCUCUAUGGGGUCAAGGAUCCAAAAGAAACAGCAAAUGGGAGUCAAUGGAGAAACCUCUUCUGGACUCCCAUUCGUUGUUUUUUGGAUCUUGGGUCCCAUGGAGGGGCGUGGCCUUAGCUCCCUAUGUACACGUCUAAAGGGAAGCCAAGGAGUUCCCAGUCGUGCACCCACACACACACACAAAGCCAUGCACUGUGCUUACCACAUUAUGCAAACGUGUGUUUGUGUAUGUUGUGCGUGUUAAGAAAGAGACAAACCCAGAGAGGGAAUGAUUUUAAUGUGUGAUUUGGUCUUUUUUUUUUUUUUUUUUUAAAUAUUCUAAAAUAAUGGGAUUGGACAGCUGCCAUGUAGCACCUCCCUCUAAUGAUCGGGAUUGGAUGGCUCCUGUGUAGCAUAUUCCUCCCACUAGAUUUUACCAUAGAAGUACACAUGCACUAAGUACUCUGCCCUACAAAGACAAAGCACAGUAACUAGGCAACCAACAUUCAAACUGAGAAAAAGGGCUUUUAAAUUAUUGUUAUUAGGUUAGAUAUUGUAGUUGCGGCCGCUAGGGGCGUCUAGAUUUCUAAGCCAAGUUGCUGCGAUUUUGACAUGGCAAUAUCACUGAAACUGAACACAUUUGGACCAUAAGACUUUGUCACAAGAUAAAGGACGUGUUAUGAAGACUCAAUUUUAGCAAAAUAUGUAGUUACUGCACUUUGCCUUUGUAGGGCAGUGCUGUAUUACAUGUCUAUGGAAUUUACACUCUGUCACAGCACUUGAACAGGCCAAACAUGGCUGACACCAGAGAUGCUUGUUUCAGGUGUGCGAUGCCAAAUAGCGUGAAAUUUCACAACCUUCCUGACCGUAGCCUGAGCUUAAUUGUAGCAUGUGUAAGCACUCGCUCUCUUCAACACACACGCACACUUGCACUCACACAUAUACAUACACAUACACAGGCACACAAACACUUUUAAUAAAACGACAAUAAUAAUUAACAAGAAUAAAAAAUAAAAAAAAUAACCUGGGAUCUGUCCUCCAACCAGCUCGCCGCGUCAGCUCGGCUAAUUUGAUAGAUAUCGUGUCAUUUCAAGAGAAUAAUAAGGAAGAGUAUUUUGUUACCAAAUGUUUUAGAAUAUUUUAGUUUUCUAUUUUUCUAUGGAACAACAGACCUACAUCGUGAAGUGUACCCUAAGCAGUCACUGCUGAUGGCCUCAGUAGCAUUAGAGGCAGGCGUUGGCCAUUGAGGCAGCUGUGUAUAUUACUUGUAGACAGCCGCUUACAUCUGUAAGUAAACCACCAUGUGGACGUUUCAAAAGCAGACUUAAAGCAAUGAACCCAUUAAAGACCACUGUUAAUGCCCCACACGA